AUGAACAUUAAUAACUAAUUACUUAAGAUAGUGCAAGAUGUAAAUAAUUUAUAAUGUAACUUUACAGAUUUAAGUGGUUAUUAAGAGUGACUUUGAAUUCAAGCCUAAUUUAGAUGAUAUUAUAAAGAUUCUUAAGUAACAGGUGGCAAUUUUGAUUGAAUUAGUACAACAAUAAAAAGGAGUAGAUUAUGAUUAAUUGGAAAAAGCAGUAUAAAAGGCAGAAGCUGAAAUUCGUAAUCAUGUGAGAGUAAUAUAUUAAGUAAUUUACUAGUUAGAAUAAUAAAUGAAGUUAUAUUCUGAUAGUUUGUAAGAGAAAAUAGAUUAAUUGGAGAAGGAGAAGUUAGAAUUGAUAGAAAAGGUAUUAAUUAUGAUUAUAAUUUUAAGAACAAAGGUUUGUUAACAGGUUAAGAAAGAAAGAUAUCUUCUCAAAACUAAACUAGAGAAUCUAGUCCUAGCUUGUUUAAAAAAUCAUACAUUUUAGGGAAUCAAGUGUAUAACAGAUAAUAAGGUAAUCAAUAAGAAGGUUGCGUUUCUGUGAUUUAGUAGAAUUGUGAUAGUCAAUUAACUAGAGAGAGACGAAGUUCUGGGACUUAACACUCAUAUAUAAUGAUGAAAAACAUGUAAAGAACAUAAUUUAUAGAGUAGUCGUGAGAAAGUGAAUAUGAAUGCUUCAUAGGAGAAAGUUAGUGAUAAGAGUUCUACUAUUCUGAAAUCAUAAAAUAGUACUUCUUUAUUAAAGAUGUACAACAUCCAAAAACUCAUCAUAAAAAAUUAGUAGGAUAAACAAUUACAAUAACUAAAGAAGUAAUGUUUGUGUUUUUAUUAUACUUAGCAAAACUAUAAAUUAGAUUUUAGAUGACUCUCAAGCUACUAAAAAGAAACCUUGA